AUGACCACGUUUUCUUCUGAACAACUUAACUUUUUCAAGUUUUCUACUGUUGUAUUCGAAGAAUUUCCAAUCGCCCUCCGUCAGGUAUUUGCGCGCCUCUGGGACACACUCGUCGCCCCCGUACCCGGCUUUAAAAAAUGGGACGACUCACCCCUGGUUCGGAAUUUGUUCCUGAAUAAGGAGGGAGGAAAAACAAGAUAUGUUCCAACAAGCAAGUCAUAUCACGACUGGGACUGCACUGCUCUCUUUGAAGCAACGCUCUAUUCUAAAAGUUGUUCUGUGUCAGAUGGGAAAGGGGGUUUUGCUACUUUGGCCAAAAUGUACGUCACACCCCGUGGAGUACCACAUGGAUUAUUCCACCCGUCUGUUUUCAGCCCUUCAGGAAACAAUGCUGAGACUUGCGCCUUGGCAUUAGACCAGCUUCGCAGGCUAAGAAACACUCUCUGUCACCAGAUCAGUACGAAAGAGAUUGUAAAGGCAGACUUUGAUAACUAUAUCCAUCUAGCAAAGGAAGCAUUUCGUGCACUUAAACUAAACAGCACAAAGAUUGACGACGUGGGAAGGCUUGGUGAAAAAGACUUUCCCACAGCCAGGCUUCAACAGUUAGAAGAUGAGCUGCGGGCUGAGAGGUUUAAGCCAAUCGAAGAUAUACUCGACAAAAUGCGGUUAGAUGGGACAGAAAUAAAGAGGGAUGUAAUAGACGUAAAGACAAAAGUAGAGGACGUCGAGACGGAAGUGAAAACGGUAGUAACAGUUUUAAAAGCGACAGUAACAGACGUGCAAACAAAACUGGAAGAUGUCAGAUCGGACGUGAAAACGGCAGUAACAGACGUGCAAACAAAAGUGGAAGAUGUCGGAUCGGACGUGAAAGCGGCAGUAACAGACGUGCAAACAAAAGUGGACGUUGUUGGAUCGGACGUAAAAGCGGCAGUAACAGAUGUGCAAACAAAAGUGGAAGAUGUCGGAUCGGACGUAAAAACGGCAGUAACAGAUGUGCAAACAAAAGUGGAAGAUGUCGGAUCGGAGUUGAAAACGGCAGUAACAGAGGUGCAAACAAAAGUCGAAGAGUUCGGUUCGGACGUAAAAACGGCCGUAACAGAUGUGCAAGCAAAAGUGGAAGAUGUCGGAUCGGACGUGAACGCGGCAGUAACAGAUGUGCAAAUAAAGGUGGAAGACCUCGGAUCGGACGUGAAAACGGCAGUAACAGAUGUAAAAACAAAAGUGGAAGAUGUCGGAUCGGACGUGAAAGCGGCAGUAACAGACGUGCAAACAAAAGUGGAAGUUGUUGGAUCGGACGUAAAAACGGCCGUAACAGAUGUGCAAACAAAAGUGGAAGAUCUCGGAUCGGACGUAAAAGCAGCAGUAACAGAUGUGCAAAAAGAAGUGGAAGAUGUCGGAUCGGACUUGAAAACGGCAGUAACAGAGGUGCAAACAAAAGUCGAAGAGUUCGGUUCGGACGUAAAAACGGCCGUAACAGAUGUGCAAGCAAAAGUGGAAGACCUCGGAUCGGACGUGAAAACGGCAGUAACAGAUGUGAAAACAAAAGUGGAAGACCUCGGAUCGGACGUGAAAACGGCAGUAACAGAUGUAAAAACAAAAGUGGAAGACCUCGGAUCGGAUGUGAAAGCGGCAGUAACAGACGUGCAAACAAAAGUGGAAGAUGUCGGAUCGGACGUGAAAGCGGCAGUAACAGACGUGCAAACAAAAGUGGACGUUGUUGGAUCGGACGUAAAAGCGGCAGUAACAGAUGUGCAAACAAAAGUGGAAGAUGUCGGAUCGGACGUAAAAACGGCAGUAACAGAUGUGCAAACAAAAGUGGAAGAUGUCGGAUCGGACGUAAAAACGGCAGUAACAGAGGUGCAAACAAAAGUGGAAGAUGUCGGAUCGGACGUAAAAACGGCAGUAACAGAGGUGCAAGCAAAACUGGAAGAUCUCGGAUCGGACGUGAAAGCGGCAGUAACAGAUGUGCAAACAAAAGUGGAAGAUGUCGGAUCGGACGUGAAAGCGGCAGUAACAGAUGUGCAAACAAAAGUGGAAGAUGUUGGAUCGGACGUGAAAACGGCAGUAACAGAUGUAAAAACAAAAGUGGAAGAUGUCGGAUCGGACGUAAAAACGGCAGUAACAGAGGUGCAAGCAAAACUGAAAGACCUCGGAUCGGACGUAAAAACGGCAGUAACAGAUGUAAAAACAAAAGUGGAAGACCUCGGAUCGGACGUUAAAGCGGCAGUAACAGAUGUGCAAACAAAAGUGGAAGAUGCCGGAUCGGACGUGAAAAUGGCAGUAACAGAUGUAAAAACAAAAGUGGAAGAUGUCGGAUCGGACGUGAAAACGGCAGUAACAGAUGUGCAAACAAAAGUGGAAGAUGUUGGAUCGGACGUGAAAACGGCAGUAACAGAUGUAAAAACAAAAUUGGAAUACCUCGGAUCGGACGUGAAAGCGGCAGUAACAGAUGUAAAAACAAAAGUGGAAGAUGUCGGAUCGGACGUGAAAACGGCAGUAACAGAUGUAAAAACAAAAUUGGAAUACCUCGGAUCGGACGUGAAAGCGGCAGUAACAGAUGUGCAAAAAAAAGUGGAAGAUGUCGGAUCGGACGUGAAAACGGCAGUAACAGAUGUGAAAACACAAGUGGAAGAUGUCGGAUCGGACGUCAAAGCGGCGGUAACAGAUGUGAAAGCGGCAGUGAGAGAUGUGCAAACAAAAGUGGAAGAUGUCGGAUGGGGCGUGAAAGCGGCAGUGACAGACCUGCAAACAAAAAUGGAAGAUGUCGGAUCGGACGUGAAAGCGGCAGUAACAGAAGUGCAAACAAAAAUGGAAGAUGUCGGAUCGGACGUGAAAAGGGCAGUAAGAGAUGUCAGCUUAAAUAUUAACCUCAUGAGACAAGCAGUGCAAGAAAGAGUCUUGGAAGGUAAGUUGCAAGUAGUCUGGGACUAGGUUGAAGCACAAUUUUAACCAAUUAGAAGCACUACUCAGAUCUGGGUAGAGGCACGUCAUCAGUUUGAAUUUGGCUUUUACAACCAGUUUCCUCUAAUAACUGUGCGCAGGUAUAAGUAUAUGUGUCAUCAUCGUCACGAAAGCCGGAAAACUGGGAUUGCUUGUUUGUGUGUAUAAUUUGUACCAAUUUGAAUUUGACAUUGUAUGAUUUUUAUUUUUAAACCCUGUCAAGAGCCAUAAUAGGUCCAAUUGUGGCUCUUGACCCUGUACAGUAACGAUGCAUGCGUACUCAGAGGCGGAUCUAGGUGAGGGGCCUACCUGGGGAGGCUGGUCCCCACACCUUAUUUUUAGGCUAAACCUCGAAGCUUGGAGUGCCAAGAGAAACUAUUUUCGAUGCAGCGCCCUCUUAUUUUAGGGAGUGGACGAGCAGAUCUCUCACUUACUUAAAGUUACUUGUGGAUUCAGUGAAGUGUGAUGAGAAAUGACAAUGUAAGUUAUGUACACAUUUACUGAUAUUUGUACCGGUAUUUUUCCCUUCAAGGCUUCAACGCUCCCCAGUCAUGUAUACCGGACCAAAUACCAAACUUUGUUGGUCGUCAAGAAGAAUGCAAAGAAAUUCAGAAUCAUUUAACGCAAGGAAAAACUCGAAUCGUAAACGUAUGGGGUCCACCAGCAUUCGGAAAGACAUCAGUGGCGAUAAAUGUAGCACAUCAAUUAAGAGAAAAUAACAUUCCAGUUUACUUUUUACCCCUCCGCGGAAUGACAAGUAAAGAAGAAUUGGUCUCAAAGUUGAUCAGUAUGUUUGCAGACGAUAAUCAGGUACCUCAUACUUCCCCAUCUCACUGGCUUAUCCGGAAAUUACAGAAAGUGCAAAAUCAGCAAAAUCCUUUUAUUCUUAUCUGGGACAAUGCCGAUGACUUACUUGAAUCGGAAGAUAGCAAAGAACGUGUGGUUCAAUUUAUUCAUGAAAUUCUUGCACAGUGUUCUCAUAUCAAGUUUCUCCUUACCACUCGAGCUUCCUUAGACUUCUUGAGUCUUACGAAUCGCGUUCAUCUAACAAAAAUUAAUGUUUUGGACGAAGUUUCUUCGGCAAGUUUAAUAAAGUUGCUAUUACCAGAUGUGACUGACGAGGACUGCAAAUGCAUAGUACAGGAAUGCGGACAGGUUCCCCUAGCUAUGCGAUUGAUGUGUAUUAUCAUGAAAGAAGAACAUAUUUCCAUAAAUGAGCUUUCAGAAGAACUGAGGAACUCAACGCUCGUCAACGUUUUGGAUGACGAAAGUUUCCCUGCUGAUGUUCGUCUGAAAAUACUCAUUAACAAAUCGUUCCAAAGACUUCCGAUUCAAGAAAGAAGAGCCUUUGUUUCUCUUACGGUUUUUCGUGGUUGGUUUAACACAAAAGAAGCUACGGCAGUGUUAGAUGUCAAGACAGAGCGAACCACCAAAGUUAUUCGUUCCCUUGAGCGAAAUUCUUUGAUCAACUGUGGGGAAAGCUUUAGCCGUUUCACGAUUCAUUCACUUUUCCGGUCCUUUGUUGAAGAGCAGAGACGAAAUAAUAAAACAAUUGAAGUCGUAUUUCAUUCAGCUCAGCGUCGGUUUAACGACUAUUACAUUUCCAGUCUUACAAAUGCUAAUGAAAAGUUUUUAAUGGGUCCAUCGAGUGAAGCGUGGGAAAUUUUUGCAGGGCGUCGAGAGAAUAUCCUCUUGUCUAUUACUGAUGGAAUCAAAGACGACGACCUUUACCCCAAGAUUGUAAAUGUAUUGUCUACGGCGGAACUUUUUCUCUUUGCGGUAUUGCCAGAGGAAGAAGUAUUGUUUUCCCAGAUUUACGACACAGCUUUGUUAGAAGCAAAGCGAAGGCAUUUUGUUGAAGAUGAACGGGUGCUGUUGGCGGCAAAGUCAUUUCGUUACUGGGGCUGGUUCUCUUUGGAUUGUACACCCUUGGAGGACUCCCUCAAUUUUAACUUCUCCAACACAUUCGCUUGUCCAGCGAAGCUCCUUUGUUACCAAGGCGUUUACCAGAUACUACGUGGCAAUCGUGACGUGGGAUUAACGUCUAUUUUCAGCGCUUUAGUUCGUCUCAAUUACCGCAGCGAUGAGGUCAUGCUCAAAAAUAUUAUUUUCAUGUUUUUGGCUCUAUCAGGUGCUGAUGAAGAAGAAAUGUUAAAAGACACUAGAAUAUCAGAACAUUUGCCAGCGCUUUUGAACGAAUGUUUCAGUUAUCUUAAAGCCCGAUUCUCAAGGUCUUUGUGCGAUGAAGAUCCGGCUUCUUCACCUGUUGACGCUUGGGAAUCAAUUAUUUUCCUGGACGAAGACCUGUUGUUUUUAAACUUCAUAACAAAUUUAUUUAAACGAUACUUUUAUGCGGAGCAUAUGGAGGAAGGCGACAUGACUGCGUGGGAGGCAGUGGAGGCUAACUACUUUCUAAACGCAGUAAGCACAUUCAUUCCAACAGUAUUCGAGCUAACGCACAAGGAGAACAUUUCAAACGUACCAGUGGAGGUUAUCUUGUUCAAAGCAGCGCUCAGCAACCCCUUGGAAACAGUGUUUUUAACGCUUUUGGAUGAAGACAUGUGCGAUAGCGAUACCGUUUUGAACUGUUUUUUAUGGUUUACAAAUCAGGCUGAUUUUGUUCGCCUGUGUUUUCAAGAAUUCACAGAUCAAAUUAUGAACAAUGGCGUCGAUUCAUUGGAGAGCUACAACGCAGCCAACCAGUUUAUGAAAUCACUUUUAUUUUUUUGUGAUGAAAUCGAUGAUAACAGGGGCAAAUCCGUUGACUUUAGUGAUGGAUCUCUUGUUAAUUUGAUUAAAUAUAUCAGUGAUGCCAUUGACAAUGUUCUAACCAGUUCUAGCCGAAGGGUUCCUGAUACAGACGUUUUAGAACUUGCAAGAAGUUAUGACAAUCUAGGCAAGUUAAAGCACCAUUUUGUAGACAACAGAGCCGCACUAGCGUCUUAUCAGCAGGCCAUGAGACUAAGGGAAGAGCACGCAGGCAAUCAUAUUGACUCGGUGAAAAGUCAAACAGACAUCGGAUGCAUUCACUUUGCAAUGGGAAAUGCGACCCAAGCUGACAGAGCAUUUCAACGUGCUUUGGAUGUGAGGAAACAGUUAAAUGUUUAUGAUCAUGAGGAUACUGCAAGCAUUUACAUUUUACUCGCAGAAAAACAUUACACCCUUGGUAACCUCAAGACCUCUCUAGAUGCACAAUUGAAGGCUCUAGAGAUAAGAAAAGAACAUUUAGGAAAGCACCGGCUUACAGCAAAAACCUUUCACGAGGCAGGAAAACUUUGCUUUGAACUACAAAGCUACCAAGAAGCUCUUCAAUUUUGUGAGCAGGCUUUAAACAUGAGGCUUGACCUUUUAGGAGAAGACGUGGACACAGCUGAAAGCUUCAAUCUCCUGGGACAAAUCCAUUCUAAUAUGCAUGAAAAUGGAUUAGCUGUUCUGUAUUUCGAAAAAGCCGCACCAAUGCGAUCAAUUCUGCUUGGUAUUCACGAAGACACCGCCUGCAGCUACCACAACCUUGGUUUAGCACAGCAUAGCAAGGGAGACCUCCACGGAGCUUUGGACUCCAUAAAGAAAGCCGCAGACAUGAGAUCAAAAUUGCUUGGUAAACACGAAGACACCGCGAGUAGUUACCAUUGCCUCGGCGUAGUGCAGUGUGGUAUAAGUGACCUCCAAGGAUCUUUGGCAUCCCUGCGGAAAGCGGCAGAGAUGAGGGCAGAAAAACUUGGUGAUCACAAAGACACUGCGAGCAGCUACCACUGGCUUGGUUUCGUAUGUCAUGAAAUUGGAGAUUUGCAAGGAGCUUUAGUAUCUCUCCAGAAAGCAGCAUACGUUAGAUCAAGCCUACUUGGUGAACACAAACUCACCGCGCGGAGUUACCACUGGCUUGGUGUGGUGCAACAUGGCCUGCGAGACUUUCAAGGAGCCUUGGCAUCCCUGCAAAAAGCGGCAGACAUGAGAUCAACAAGGCUUGGUGAUCAUAAAGACACCGCCAGCAGUUACCAUUUGCUCGGUAUCAUUCAGCGUGAUAUAGGAGAAGACUUUCAUGCAGCUUCAGUAACUUUACAAAAAGCUGCAAUCAUGAGAUUUAACCUGCUUGGAGUUCACGAAGACACGGCAAACAGUUACCACAACCUUGGUGCAGUGCAGUACUUGAUGGGAGACCUCAAGAAAUCUUUGGACUUUUUACAGAGAGCAGCGCAUAUGAGAUCAGAUCUGCCAGGCGAUCACAAAAACACGGCGUCCACCUAUCACUUGCUUGGUUCGGUUCAGUAUGACAUGAAAGACAUCGACAACUCUGUGGAAUCUCUACAGAAGGCAUGGAAACUGAGAGAUGAACUGCUAGGUGAACAUCACCCCGACACAGUCGACACCUUACAGCUACUCAGUCGGGCGUGUGAAGCAUCAUUACUGCGCGGUUAG